AUGGAUGUUGAAAACAAAGAUUUAAUAGAAAAUGUUUACAUAGCUUCGAGAAGCAGGAAGGGACCCAGGUGCCCCCAGGCCAGCGAGGUCCCCGAGCACAGGCCGCAGGUGAACAGCAUUACUGUUUCCAAGAAGCGCAGCUGGCUGCAGCAGAGCACCCACCGACCUCCUCUUCCGCCUCCUCCUCCUCCUCCUCCUCCUCUGGAAGAAGAAAAUGCCUGUAAGGAAACGCACAGGGCUGUUUUCCUGGUACCGAAAUCUUCCAUCCCGCUGCCUGAACCAGCAGUGCCGUGGGCUCCUUCCAGAUCACCGGCGGGGCGGGAGCACCCUGGGCAGAGCCGCGCUCCUGCGGGUGCCCUGCCAAGCACUGCCAGCCCCACGGUGGACUUUGGUGAGGACAAUGAUGCGGAUGAUGAAGGAGAAAUAUGGUACAACCCGAUCCCUGAAGAUGACGAGCCUGACUUGCUGAGGGUUCGCCCUCCUGCUGUGAAUAGCCCCGGUGCUGCAGGCUCCCCGUCAGUUCGGUACAAAAUGCCCACUGGGGGUGACUCUGGGGUGGCCACGAGUCCCCGUGAGGAUCCCCCUUGCUCCGUGGAGAGCGUGGGGAGCAGUCGGCUGGCUCAGCCCAGCGAAGCGGGUCAGGCCGAUGCCGCACACCUUGGGGAGCUCGUGCAGCAGCACCGGCAGAGGUUUGCCUACAAGGCUCCUGGUGUGCCAGCGGUACAGGACAAUCCUGCCCUCAAGUGCCCGUCAACAGCAUCAGCACCUGCUGGCUGGUUUCGUUGCACCUGUGCCCCAGGAAUGCGGCCACGUCUGCUUGUGUGGGGGACACAGCACAAACAGAUCGAGCUGAAUGCAGCGGGGUCCGGAGUUCUACUUGCACACAAGGCUGAUAUACCCUCAACAGAAGUUUCUCCUCCAAGUCCCAGUCCUUUGAAAAAAAGUGGAUCAAUCAACUGGCCUUUUCCUGAUAGAAUUAAAUCUCCCAGGACUGUGAGGAAGCUUUCCAUGAAGAUGAAAAAGCUGCCAGAGCUUAGCAGGAAGCUGAGUGUCAAGGGAACUUCAAGCCAUAGUAGCUCAGGUAAUCCUCCUUCCCUGCCGAAAGGGAGCUGCCGGGAUACAAGCCAUACAGUGUCUUUGCCGUCUUCUGGAAACUCAACCACCACUGCCAGCAGAAACGUCAUAAGUCGUUACCAUCUCGACAGCAGCGUGUCGUCACAACACACCUACAAAAAGAAAAGCUCAAAGAGCUCCAAAUCUUUCAGCAAAGGUGGUUACCUCAGCGACGGCGACUCUCCUGAACUUAUAGCAAAAUCAGGUAAACAUGGUCAUGAAAGCAAGUGUGGGAAAGGAAAGGAAAGCCUCCCAAGUAACAGCGGUAAAACCGAAAUAGAUAUCGAUGCCUUCAGACACUACAACUUUUCUGAUCAACCCAAGUGCUCUCAGUACAUCUCUGGACUCAUGAGCAUUCACUUUUAUGGUGCUGAAGACUUAAAGCCACCAAAAAUAGACUCAAAAGAUGUCUUUUGUGCAAUACAGGUUGACUCAGUAAACAAAGCAAGAACAGCCCUGCUUACAUGUAGGACAACGUUUCUAGACAUGGACCACACGUUCAACAUAGAAAUUGAAAAUGCUCAGCACUUAAAGCUGGUGGUGUUCAGCUGGGAGCCCACCCCGCGGAAAAAUCGGGUGUGUUGUCAUGGAACUGUGGCUCUUCCCACUCUCUUCCGAGUGACCAAGACACAUCAGCUGGCUGUCAAACUGGAACCGAGGGGGCUUAUUUAUGUCAAGCUGUCGCUCAUGGAGCAAUGGGAGAACUCUCUCGAUGGCCUCGAUGCAGAUCGGGAGCCGGUGAUGUUCGGGGUAGAUGCUCGAAAAGUUGUAGAGAAGGAAAAUGCGGGUUUGAUGGUGCCGCUUUUGAUGCAGAAAUGCAUUUUGGAGAUUGAAAAGAGAGGCUGCCAGGUGGUGGGCCUGUACCGGUUAUGUGGCUCCGCGGCGGUUAAGAAAGAGCUUCGAGAGGCGUUUGAGCGGGACAGCAAGUCUGUUGUUCUCUGUGAAAGCCAGUACCCCGACAUUAACGUCAUAACAGUGUACCUUGCUGCAAGCCUCAUUGACGAUGGUGAACUUCUGGUGACUGUGCAGGUCCUGCUGGACUCUUAG